AUGAGGGGGAUGCAGUUGCCCCGCUGUGGAGGGCCCCAUGCUGGGCAUUGGGGCAGUUGCAGCCAACGGGACAGCCUGCAAACUCUUGGGCCUGCAUUGGUUUUGCCUCGGGAUUUAUGUGUGGCAGAAAAAAUCGGAAGAUAUGCUCUCCCGGUCGUUGUGGGUGGGUGCAUGUUUAUUACGUAUGAAAUUCUGGCACUGGGAGAAAAUGUGACGCUUGAUACACAGGCUGUAGAACGCGAGAAACUGAAAUCCUACAUCUACAUACAGACCGCUCCACUGGAACAGCAAGGGUUGCAAGAAAUUACAAGAAAAGUUCAAAAGGGACUGCACAGGGUAGUUAAAAGACUGUUGCAAGCUACAGCAGAUAUUCUUUCGUUGCCACUGGAUGAGAACAACAGGAAACUAGAGGUGGACGACGACUCUGGUUUGUGGCUGCUUUUAAAACGGGCUCGAUCGACACUUAAAGCCGUGCGAGUUCACGCUGUGCAAGAACUGGCAAAGAAACAUCACUGGCACGACUACCAAUAUAGAACUGUGGCCCAGGCUUGUGAUCAGAAAACCAGAAUAGGGCUGGCCAGAAUGAAAGACAUUGACCUUCGCUUCUUUUUACGCCCUCCUUUACUGAAAGCAAUUGAGGACUCGUACAUUGAAGAUGAACUUCGACGUCUCCUGGCCUGCCUACCACAGUCUGAAGUGGAUCAGUGUGUGCAGUACUUUACCUCACUGGCUUUAAGAGAGAGUAAUCAGUCUAUGUCAGCGCAAAGGGGUGGCCUAUGGUGCUUUGGAGGAAAUGGCCUGCCUUAUGCACAGAGUCUGAGCUCUGUUCCCAGUGAGAAGGUUGAAUCAUUUUGUCUGCAAGCUCUCGCUAAACAUUCUAAGGUUCCCAGCCACUGUGAUGCCAUUGUAACAAAUGGAGGCUUGCAGUUACUGCAAAAAAUUUAUCAGCUGCGUCAAGACUCUCAAAAAAUUCAAAGGAACAUAAUUCGGACAAUUGGAAAUUUGGCUUUAAAUGAGCGACUGCACUCAGCCAUCGCACAGUCAGGAUGGAUUGGCAUACUGGCUGAGGUGAUGAAAUCCCCGCAUGUUAUCCAGGCCUCGCAUGCUGCAAGAGCUUUGGCAAACCUUGACAGAGACACCAUGGAAGAGAAGUACGAAGAUGGAGUAUAUAUCCUUCAUCCUCAGUACAGAACAAAUCAGCCAAUCAAAGCAGACGUUCUUUUUAUUCAUGGCCUGCUGGGAGCAGCUUUUAAAACAUGGCGGCAGAAGGAUUGCAGUGACAUGGAGGAUAAGAAUGGCGAUUACACGGAAUGUUGGCCGAAGGCAUGGUUGGCUGCAGAUUGUCCCAAUCUAAGGAUAUUAACAGUGGAGUACGACACUCAGCUCAGUGACUGGAGAUCCAAGUGUCCUGUGGAGAAUGAGAGGAAAUCCUUGGCCUACAGAGGCCGGGAGCUACUGACUAAACUGAAGGCUGCGGGUGUUGGGGAUAGGCCGGUGGUGUGGGUGGCACAUAGUAUGGGAGGCUUGCUGGUCAAAAAGAUACUUUUAGAUGCUUCAGAGGAUCCUGAAAUGAAGUCAGUGGUUCAGAAUACCCAAGGGAUUGUAUUUUACAGUGUACCUCACAGUGGAUCUCACCUGGCUGAGUACUCUGUGAAUGCUCGUUUCCUACUGUUUCCUUCUGUUGAAGUCAUGGAGUUGAGUAAAGAUUCGCCGUCUUUGACAGAACUGAAUGAUAAUUUCACCAAGUUGAUAAAGGAACAAGAAGUUAACGUUCUGAGCUUUGGCGAAAAGCUACCAACAAACAUUGGCAGUAUGAUCAAACUACACGUGGUACCUCUCAAUUCAGCAGAUUUGGGGAUUGGGGAUUUUAUUCCACUGGACGUUAAUCAUCUGGAUAUUUGCAAACCCAGAAACAGAGACUCCUUCAUAUAUCAGCACAGUUUGAAAUUUAUAAAAGAUGCUCUGGCACAAGCACUCAAAAGUUGAAUCACUUCCUUAUUCGGACCACUCCGAGGUGCCAAAGUUUUGACGUAAAUGGAUCCUACCUUCCAUGGUGCAUUCUAGUGUAAUUUCUUCCUUUAAACAAAGCUUUUAAAAUAUCAAGAAUGAUAAGUCAAGGACUAAUUUAAUAUUGUAUAUAAUAAAUGACUAUGUAUUCUGUGGGUUUACUCAUGUCAGGCUAACAACUUUCAAAUAGGUAUUUUGUUUGAAGUUUAAAAUAAUAGAUAACCAUGUAUAAAAAUGUCGCUUCAAAAUUGCAAUAAGCAAAACUUUUAUUUAUUAUUGACUGGAACUAUUGGAUUAAUUUAACUUUGACCUGUGACUAUUGCCUAUUUUGUAAUGUUGAGAUUUUAAUUUGCUUAAUUUACAUUACAUCGCGUCAUUUUCUCCUA